CUUGAAUAAAAAUAAUAAUGUAAAAAGAAUAAUCGGAAAUCCUAUUACUUCGGCUUAUGGUCCGAUUUGGUGUUCCUUUCCUAUAUUUUCUGGGUCUAGGGUUUUCAUAAAUGUUUUCUCACCGUCUUUCUCCUAAAAGAUUCGCCAAAGCCAACAGACUUUUUACUGAUCUUUGCUCUCAGGUUGGUCUCUCUACUGUAUACAAGCACAGACACGAUGUAGAUGUGUUAUUGUCAUGCAUACACACGGUAUAUUCGCGUCCACACAUUGCACGCCUUCAUAGAAUUUGUAGAGUACUCAAGUUUUUGGGGAAUUCAUCUUUUUGUUUGGGAUUUUUUUUUAGGAACUUGUUAUUGAGAAAAUGAGAACUUCAUGGGCAGAUGCUGUGGAAAAUGCAGCUACUGGAUCUUCUGAUAAAGCUGGGACUAGCAGCAACACCGAGCUUCCGCCAGCUCCCACUAAGCCUACCUAUGUCCCUCCCCACCUGAGGAACAGACCUGCAUCAGACCUGCCAGUCGGUGGAACGACACCUGGCAACGAUAGGUCUGGUUACAGCGGACCCACAGGUGGGUCGCGAUGGGCAAACUCCAGAACCGAUUACGGGCGCCAGGGUGGCCGUGGGGGUGGUAGAAGUAGUUGGGGAGGAGGCAGUCGUGAAAGGGAGGUCAACCCUUUCGGCAAUGACAAUGUGGACUCUGAUGCCGAACAAGUUUUUAACGAGCAAGAAAACACGGGAAUUAACUUUGAUGCUUACGAGGAUAUCCCCGUGGAGACUAGCGGGGAUAAUGUGCCACCACCUGUGAACACGUUUGCAGAGAUUGAUUUAGUGGAAUCAGUUAAUCUGAAUAUCCGCAGGUGCAAAUAUGUGAAACCGACUCCCGUACAGAGGCAUGCAAUACCGAUUUCGCUGGCAGGAAGGGAUUUGAUGGCUUGUGCUCAGACUGGGUCGGGAAAGACUGCUGCUUUCUGCUUCCCAAUUAUCAGCGGGAUUAUGAAGGGUCAUUUGCCUCAGAGGCCUCGUGGGGUUCGUACAGUUUACCCGCUGGCUCUUAUUCUUUCACCGACUCGAGAACUGUCGAUGCAGAUACAUGAUGAAGCUAGAAAGUUCGCCUAUCAAACUGGUGUCAGGGUAGUUGUUGUUUAUGGAGGAACACCUAUAAGGCAGCAGCUUCAUGAACUUGAAAGGGGAGUUGACAUUCUGGUGGCGACUCCUGGAAGAUUGGUUGACUUGCUUGAGAGAGCCAAGGUCUCCUUAGAAAUGAUAAGAUAUUUGGCUCUUGACGAGGCUGAUAGAAUGCUUGAUAUGGGUUUUGAGCCUCAAAUCAGAAAGAUAGUUGAACAGAUGGAUAUGCCACCUCGUGGUGAGAGACAGACUAUGCUGUUUAGUGCCACCUUCCCGAAAGAGAUCCAGAGAAUGGCAUCAGACUUUCUUUCAAAUUACAUAUUUUUGGCAGUCGGAAGGGUAGGUUCCAGUACAGACUUAAUUGUUCAGAGAGUUGAAUAUGUUCAGGAUGGUGACAAGAGAAGCUAUUUGAUGGAUCUACUUCAUGCUCAGAGGGCAAAUGGAGCUCAGGGGAAGCAAGCUCUUACUUUAGUGUUUGUGGAGACAAAGAAAGGAGCGGACUCGUUGGAAAAUUGGCUAUACCAGAAUGGUUUUCCUGCUACUACUAUCCAUGGGGAUAGAUCCCAACAGGAAAGAGAGCUUGCAUUGAGAUCUUUCAAGAGUGGAAACACGCCUAUCCUAGUCGCGACUGAUGUGGCGGCCCGCGGGCUUGACAUCCCGCACGUGGCCCACGUCAUCAACUUCGACCUCCCCAACGACAUAGACGAUUAUGUGCACCGGAUAGGACGUACUGGGCGAGCUGGCAAGACGGGAUUGGCCACUGCAUUCUUCAACGAGAACAACAUGUCACUGGCAAAGGCGUUGGCUGAGCUGAUGAAGGAAGCAAAUCAAGAGGUGCCAGACUGGUUGACCCGUUUCGCAAGCCGACCGUCUUACGGAGGAAAGAGCAGGCGGGGAGGAGGUGCCAGAUUUGGCGGCCGUGACUUUAGAAGGGAAAGGAGUGGCGGAGACUAUUAUGGUGGUUAUGGCGGUGGAUAUAAUAAUAACUCGGGGGCGGCCAGUGCUUGGGACUAAGUGCAUAAAUAUAUAUGUACACACAUUUUUUUUUUUCUCCCUUUCAUGAAAACCAGGUGAUGAUGAUGAUGAUGAUUAUUAUUAUGAUGAUAUCGUUAUCUGUUGAUGAGAAAUAUAUAUACUGUUUAACAGACCUCUUUUAGUUCCAAUUAAAUACUUACUUUGUGUAGUCCCCAAGCGGGGUUACGGGAGAGAUGUUUUGGUAGAGCAUAGUUGAAAGAUAGUUGUUGGAUUUGAGUUCCUCUUUUGUGGAAGACAUUUGGUUUUGGUUUUUAUGUUGCUUGUAACAGCUGCUAUUCUUCUUGCUCGUUGCAAUUUAG